AUGGAUUUGGCCUUAAAUCAUGAUCUUCUAGACUUCCAGCACAUACUCAAUGAUCUUCAAUACAACUUGUAUGAGUUCAAGCACUUGAAGAUAACAAAAGACACGGACUUGGAGUUUAUCCGUCUAGACACUCAGGCUAAAACAACAGAACUGUACGAAAAACUAGAAGAGCUCGAAAACAUCAUAGCAGCGAAACUUGAUUGCGUGUCUGGAGAUACGUACAAGAACACAGAGUAUCAGUUCGCACUACUUAAGGAGCGUUUUUUUGAUGUGAGAGUGGACUUCAGAGAGUUAUUGCUGUCCUCAAAAUCUUGGACAGUGCAAGACGAAGAAGAGCAAAUUGAUGAGCUGACGAACGAGCCCAUUUUGGAUGAUCAUAACCUAAAAAAACUCACAAAGGAAGAACAGCUGCUGGACAAGAACUCGGCUCUUACGAAUAAACUACAAAGUGUAAAUCAGUUGCUACAGUCAUCACUUUUGGCCAGUGAAAUGAAUAUCUCAGAUCUUGCACAUUCAACAAACUCCCUGACAAACCUAUCGAGCAAAAAGAAAACAGAUUUACAGCUCUUUAUAUAUCUUCUGUACAGUCUGCAUUUGGAUACUAUACAAAAGGAUCUUUCGAAAACCGAUCAGAUUGUUCAUCUGGCUACUAUACAAGACUUUGACUGCGAUUUUCUGGGGCGCAACUUCAUUCAAAGCAAAAGAUCCAAUUGUGGAACUGACAGCAUCCAUGAGGGAUACGAUGAUGGCAGUCACUGCCACGUUCUCGGAACCGAACAGAUCAACGGAAUUUGA